AUGAGUGAAGAAAAGAGGAUGAUUUUAGGAAGAUCGAUUUCGCUUCCAUCGAUAGACAUAUCAGUAGACCAGAAACAAGGUUGGCCUUUGCUUAAAAGUGACAUUUUGGGGACACAACAAGUUCACCAUACGAGGAAAGUCUCAGUGGUCAAUUGGGUCAUGAGCUUACCUGACCGGUUUCCAAAUCAUCAUCAGAAUCUAAACUCCGAGACAAACUUUGUAAAGAAACAACUUAGGGACAUACUGAGAGACAACAGCAAAUGGUUCAAGUACAAUGUUCUUAAGACAGCAACAUCAGAUUUUUCUCAAGAGAAUCUGAUUGGUAAAGGAGGAUGCAACGAAGUAUACAAAGGGAUUCUUGAAGAUGGAAGAGGCGUUGCAGUGAAAAUCAUGAAAUCAUCAUCUAAAGAAGCUAUGACAGAUUUUGUUCAAGAAAUCGAAAUUAUCUCUUCUUUAAGUCACCAAAACAUCUCACCGUUGCUUGGUGUUUGUGUCCAAGACAAUGAUCUUAUCUCAGUUUAUAAUCUUUCAUCCACAGGAAGUUUAGAGGGAACCCUUCACGGUAAGCAAAAGGAUAAGCAUGUAUUAUCAUGGGAAGAGAGAUUCAAGAUAGCAAUCGGUUUAGCGGAAGCGUUAGAUUUUAUUCAUAAUCGAUGUUUUAAGCCAGUGAUUCACAGAGAUGUCAAAACUUCCAAUGUUCUUCUCUCAAAUGAGCUUCAUCCUCAGCUUUCAGAUUUCGGGCUUUCGAUGUGGGGACCGACAACAUCUUCUCGAUAUUCGAUACAAGGUGACGUGGUGGGCACGUUUGGAUACCUAGCGCCAGAGUAUUUCAUGUACGGAAAAGUCAGUGACAAAGUCGAUGUUUACGCCUUUGGAGUGGUUCUCCUUGAGCUCAUAUCAGGAAGAAAUCCCAUUUCACCUGAGAAUCCAAGAGGACAACAGAGUUUGGUCAUGUGGGCAAAGCCGUUGAUCGAGAUCGGAAAUUCAAAAGGGUUGUUGGAUCCAGACGUAGCAGAGAUAUUCGAUGAGUCUCAGUUUCAGAGAAUGGUUCUUGCUGCUACACAUUGUCUCACAAGAUCAGCCACACAUCGUCCCAAUAUCAAACAAAUACUGAGGCUGCUAAAAGGUGAAAACGGAAUCGGUAUAUGGAUUAAAGAAGAGGAAGGUAAUGAAGAUUGCUUCGAUGACGAGGUUUACCCGAAUUCCAGCGCUGAAUUACAAUUGAGCCUCGCGAUGCUCGAGGAGGAAGACGAUGAAUCUGCUUCAACUAGCAGCAUGGAGAGAAGUAACAAGAGCCUUUUUUCUUCUUCUUGUUCAUUUGGGGAUCUUCAACCGUAG